AUGGCCACCAGAGCUCUGGUUGUUGGGGGAACGGGCGGCAUCGGCUAUGCCAUCGCCUGCCGCAUCGCGGCCGAGUCCAAGUUGUCGACCGUCAUCAUCAGCGGCCGCAACAAACCACAGGAUAUCCCGCAUGCCAACAUCGAAUUCCGCCCGUUGGAUGCGUCAUCCAUGCGCUCUAUCAAGCAAUACACGGACGCGUACAAGUCGGCACCAGAGAAGGACCUAAAUCUCCUGGUCCUCACCCAGGGCAUUUUUUCGAUGGCAGGGAGGACCGAGACACCCGAGGGAAUUGACCGCAAGAUGGCGCUUCACUAUUAUGGGAGGCAACUGCUUAUUCGCGAACUUCUCCCGGUCAUGAAGGACGACGCCAAGGUUGUCAUCGUGCUCGACGGUGUGCGUGGCGGCCCGCCGACCAAGCUCAACUGGGACGACCUGGAUCUCAAGACUCACUACAGUCUCGGCAACGCGGCCAACCACUGUAUCUCCAUGACGGAUGCCAUGGUCCAGGCCUAUGCGGCGGCGCAGCAAAAGAGACGGAGCGCCGGCAGACGGCAUUUCGUGCAUGCCUACCCCGGCUUUGUCCAGACCAAUAUCAGCAACUCACUCCCAUGGUAUCUACGGCCUGUGGCGCGGGGUGUGGGCCAUUUGUUUGCCGUAUCCCCCGAGACGUGCGCUGCGCAUAUGAUCAGAGGGACGUACGAGUGCGCGGCAGCAGUGGAGAAGGAGGGCAGGUUCUGGAGCUGUAUUGACGACAAAGGGCGCUUGGUCGCCAGAAAGCCCCUUUGGAGCGAAGAGCAGAUCAAGAAGGUCGAGGAACACACCUGGAAGGUUCUCGAUGAUGCUAUCAACAAGACGUCUUCCUAG